UCCAGCUUUGUGUAAGGCUUUUUUGUAAGCUACAAAACCAUCUUUCCAGGCUAUAUAAAAUUCCUCUAGGUUAUUGGAACGCCAUUUUCUUUCUAAUCUACGUAACGUCUGUUUAAGAGCACGAGUAUUGGAGUUAAACCAUGGUGCUCGUCUCAUCUGAUUCACCACUUUCUUUUUCAGAGGGGCAACGCAAUCUAAUGUAGUACGCAGUGAGGCUGCUGUACUAUCAACAAGGUUAUCUAUGAGGGCGGGAGUAAAAUCACAAAAGGCACAACGUGGAUGCAACAGAUCCUGGUUCAGAUUAUGGACACUGCUCACCCUGAACAGGCAGAGGGGUUAAGCAAUAGAGAUCGAGUCCCUUGUCUGGAGGGGAGAUCUGCAGACAACCCUUUCAGAGACAGACCAGAUCCUCGGAUGUUUCGCUCACAUCUUCCCUUUGAAAUGUUGCCCCUGGACAUAAAAGCCAAGCAAGUCAAGGUUGUCUAUGUUUGGCGAAACCCAAAGGAUAUUGCAGUGUCCUUACAUCACUUUGCUCAUAGUUGGGUCUUGCUAGAGACACCCAAGAGCUUUGAGGAUUUCUUUGAGCAAUUCCUGGAUGGUGAUGCUUACAUGGGAUCAUGGUUUGAUCAUGUGAAGGAGUACUACGCACAACAGGACCAAGCGAAUAUCCAUUUUGUACAGUAUGAGAACUUGUUGAAGGACCUCAGAGGCGAAGUUGUGAAGCUUUGUGCUUUCCUUGGAAAAGACCUGACAGAUGAGGCGAUCGAUCGUAUCGUUGACAUGUCCACCUUCAAAAGCAUGAAGACCAACCCCACAGCAAACUACAAGGAUUUGAUUGAAAAAGGCCGCUACAAGAAAGAAACCAUGCGCAAAGGUGUGGCAGGAGAUUGGAAGAAUCACUUCACAGUGGCCCAGAAUGAGCGUUUUGACCGUGUCUUCAAAGAGAAGAUGAGCAACGUUCCUAUAACCUGCACCUGGGAGAUCAGUCAGUAGAUUCUCUACAAAUUCAGAGGCUGAUGUUCAUCUCAAUAGCUUUGACUGCCAGUUCAGCAAAUAUUGUAUGAAUAUAAUUAAAUGUAUGGUUUUGGGUCAGUAUUAAGCAAUCACAAAUAAUGUUCCAAGCAAAAACAAAACAAAUAAGUCACUACUAGACUGAUUUAUUUACUUUUAUGUAUUACAAGAAUGUUUUAAAAGCUAUUUUUAGGGUUACACAAUGGUUUCUUUUUGUUUGUGUAUUUCUUGAGACUUUGCAAUUUGCCUCUACCUUUGCUUUGUCAUUCACAUAUCAUUGAUGGGAGUAGAGAAUCUCAAAAAUGGCCAUGGCAAUAAAAUCAAACUGCAAAACAACACAUGAUAUGUUUGCCAGUAAAGUUGGUGGUGUAAAUGA